AUGUUUCACCCUGUACGUUCAGACAACAACAACAAUAACGAGGAGGAUCAGGAGGACGAAGACGCACCGGACACAGUAUUCACUCGCCUGCCGAGCACGUUCGGGCAGCUCGCGAACUCCUUAACUGCUUUGGAGAUCCACGGGUGCCAUGAGCUUAAGCAGCUGCCAGCAUCGUUCACCCAGCUGACUCGCCUGCAGCGGCUGUGCAUCUCCAACUGCCAUAAGCUGAGACGCAUGCCGGCAGGGUGGGGCAACCUUCCCUCCUCUCCCCACCCCCUCCCAUCCCUCCGCCGCCUCCUCAUCCUCAAAUUCCCCCCUCUCUCCUCCCUCCCUUCCGGUCUCCACCUCCCCUCCCUACUCCACCUAGACAUCCGUGACUGUGUCAAAUUCACCAGCCUCCCUCCCUCUCCCUCGCCCUCGCCCUUCCCACCCACCCUGCAAGUCCUAAUCCUGUCCCACACGCUAAGGGACACCGGAGACAUGCAGCAGGCCAUCUCUCACCUCUCCUCCCUCCAGCACGUGCGUAUCGAACACAUCCCAACUCUCAAAACCGUUCCCGUUCUAUCCUCCCUGGAAACCCUUUCUCUCUAUGACUUGCCCCUUAUCUCCCCCCUCUCAAUACCCAACAUCCACACACUACAGAAACUCAGAAUUCUAACCCUCCACACCCUCCCCUCACUCUCCCCCCUCCCUCACUCAAUCACAGCCCUCUCUCACCUCCAGCGCCUGCAUCUCAGCUGCAUGGAAUUUUUCAACCUGCCCGAGGACCUCGGGCAGAUGCAAGGGCUGCGUGUACCAACCAUAGACACCGCGCCGAAGCUAUCAACGCUCCCCGCCUCCCUCACCCUCCUCACCUCCCUGCAGCACCUCAUGGUCUCUGACUGUGACACAUUCUCCUCUCUACCAGAAGCAGGAUUCGGCAAUCUUGCCUCUCUCAAUUCUCUCACGCUCAACAACCUGCCGCUGCUGCUCAAGCUGCCUGCGGCUGUCUCACACCUGGCUUCGCUACAGGUGCUGGAAGUGCAGGAGUGCAAAACAUUCAGCGAACCGCCCGAAGGGUUGGGGAGUGCGAGGAGUUUGCGCGAUGUGUAUCUGGAGGGGUACAGCCAGUUGGAGGAUUUGCCGGAGGCGCUGCUAAAGCAGCCAGGGCGGAUUCAGGUGAAUGUGAGAGAGUCAUGA